ACCCAUACUUUUUUAAGCCACAUUACAACAUUUUGCCUCAAUAUAUGAAACUAGACGACGACUACAACAACAACAACAUCAACAACAAACACUAGUGGUUGAUUAGCAGCAUGGCGAUGGGCGAGGACGUGGAGAACGGAGUGACACGGCAGGGGUUGCUGGUGGACAUCGAGGAGACGUCAAGAGCGUCAGAGGAGUUGCUCGUAUGGGAACCGGUGCUGUGGAACACCAAGUGGCGUUUGGCCGUGUGGGAGUUCAAGAAUCUCGGCACGUUGUCUUGGGCCACGGUCGUCAUCACUAUGUUCAAUUUCAUGCUGAAUCUUAUCACGCUGAUGUUUGUUGGCCAUUUUGGUGCUCUUGCUCUUGCUGGAGCUUCAGUUACUAAUGCUGGCAUUCGAGCCCUUGCUUUCGGCAUUAUGCCAUCACCUAUUUAUACAAGCUAAAGGCAGUGCUUAGAAGCUUCAAGUGUGUCAGUGCUCAAAGGUGGUGAGAGAUAUGUUUUUAUGUUGGCACAAAUUUCGAGAACAGUACAUAAAGGCGGUGCUGAUUUUGUAAAAACCAAAGGUGGUGGUUUCAUUACUCCCUCUCAGCAUCGACUUAUUAUAUACUGGUGAUUUACUAAGAAUUCUGAGUUGUGGUCAUAUACCUUCAAAUCUCUUUGUGUUGAGCCCCUUUGUGAAGAUGUCAGCGAUUUAUUCUUUUGUAGGUGUCAGUUUUAUUUGAAUAUCUCCGUGUAGGAUCUUCUCUCUUAGAAAGUGAUAAUGCAACUCGAUAUGCUUUAUCCUAGCAUGGAACAUUGGAUUUUCUGCCAAACAUAUUGCUGACUUGUUGCCACAAUGAACAAUCACCUGUUUAAUUGGUUGAUGAAGAUCUUUUAAUAAUUGUAUAAGCCAUGUGCUCUCUUGUGUUGCCAUAGCUGUUGCUUUGUACUCAGCUUCUGUUGUUGAGAGGGACACAGUAGAAAUUACAGAUGAUUGAAGAAUUACACAUAUCAAAUACCGCGCGCAUGCCUAUUUCCUUAAGUCAAGGUAAGAUCUACUAUUAGUCUUUCAAAUUACAUAAUGACCGAGAUGUUCAUAUGAUGUUCAGCUGCCGCCAAGCAUUUCAUGAUGUUCAAGUUAUAGAAUUGUAUGUGGAACUUGGUGUUGUAACUUCCACUAGUGCUUUUUGUCAACACCAAAUUAAUAGAAAUGACAACAUUCCACCAGAAAGGCUUUCAAUAGAAUGGAGGGCAUAGGAUAAUCUACAACAUAAUUUUAAUUUCACUGCUUCACAACAACCAUCAAGCACAUCGACACACCAUAGCACCAAGGACAUUACCACUCAUGAAAAUGAAUUUGGUGAAUAUGGGAGUUCAAGUGGACAUGAUCAAGAUGAGGAUAACUAUACAGACAAUAGCGAAGCAAGCACCGAAGAUAUUAACUUACUUUCGACUUUAUGAGUUAUUUGUAAGGAAAGGUGUAAAUGCCCAAGCUCAGAUUGCAUCAAGUCAAAUUUUCUCAGAAGCGCUAAUGAAGACAAUUCAAGAAAAUCAACAAACAGCGUGUAGCAUUUAUGUUCGUCAAUUUGAUCGUGAAGAAAAUUCUUUCGUGGUAGAUGAAAUGAUACCACCUCAGUGCGGUGGUAUAAUUGGCCAUUACCGCAUUUAUUUAAGAAGACAAUGAUGUG